ACCAACUGUAUAAGGCCCUGGUUGGCAGAGGUUUAAGCCCUGAGGUCCUCUGUGCAAAUGUGGCUGGUGAGGCUCUCGUUUUACUAAGACCUAAAAUUGGGCUCCAGGACCAGAAAAGAUGAGAGGUUUGGAAGGGACCUGAGGCCAAAUGUCCUUUUCCAUGAAGAAGAUCUUUGGGGCUAAGGAAAAGACACCCUUGGGUUUCUGUGAUGCCCCACAAAUGACUGUCUCUGAGUUUUUCUUCGGUGAAAAUCCAAACUAUCCGAAAUACCAUACAACAUACAGACCGUUGGGGCAUAUUCACAGGGUUGCUGCUGAGGGUGAUGCAGCCCGGAUGGAGAUUCUCCUCACGCUUGGACAAUGCAACGUGUACCACAGAGACCGCAAGGACAGGACAGCUUUGCACUUUGCCUGUGUCUAUGGCCGGCUACCAGUAGUGACCAUUCUAGUGAAGAAUAAUUGUGAGAUCGAUGCCUUGGACAAGAACCAUACCACACCUCUGAUGAAGUCUGUCCAAUGCUGGAAGCAGAAAUGUGCGACCGUGCUGCUGGAGCACGGCGCUGAUCCGAACAUUAGAGACAGCAGUGGCAACAGUGCCUUGCACUACGCUGUGUACAACGGGCAUCAGGAGAUGGCCUCCCUACUGCUUCAGUACAACGCUGAUAUCGAACAAAAAACCAAGGAUGGCUUCACACCACUGUUGCUGGCACUCCGAGAAAAGCGGGUGGAGGUGGCAGAGUUUUUAGUAAGAAUGGGAGCAGACAUACACGUGGUAGAUGAGCUGCAAAGAAACACCUUGAUAUACGCUAUAAGAUGUGGAUCAAAAGAUCUGUCUGUAUUACUCCUUGAGAAAGGUAUUGACUUCUUCUAUAAGGAUGUCUUCGGAUGGACAGCAUUACGCUACGCUAUUGAAGGCCACUGUACUUUUAGACAGACACUUCUGGAUUUUGAAGAAAGUCUACAUAGUAACAAAAAAGAUAAGGAACCAGAACUACAAGUGGAGCCCAGUACCUCCUGCAUUUUAGCAAAACAAAUAGAUGCUGGAAAUGACUCACUAGCAAGGAUCUCCAGCUGUCCUAGCCCUGAGACUCCUGUGCUUACAAUGAAGGAAGACGAGAACAGUGAUGCCAGGAGUAACUCGGAGAGCAAGCCUCCUAACUGUGCUGGCAAUUCACCGGCGGCUAUAGACAAAGCAUUUGGAAAUAGAGGAAAAAGAACUGUGGAAGCAUGGGUUGAGAAAGAUCCAUCUUCAGAGUCUGCUGCCGAAGUCAGAGACUCUGUUACAAAUGAAGCAGUGGAAAGGAUCAAGCUGUUGCCUUCAGAAACAGAGUUAGAAUUGAUGUCAGUAGAAGAAGAUGUGUCUCAUGAAAGUGAAAAUGACCACCCUUUGAGAGAAUCGGAGCAUCUUCCAAAGAUCAAGGUUGGCCAUUCAUCUCGUUCAGGAUAUCAAAUGGGAAAAAUGAAUAUAAAUCGACAAAUGAAAGAGUCUGACGAGGAAUAUGCUCAACUGAUGACUCCUAUUGAAAUGAAAGACCCUGUUUCCAAAGAACCAUGGACAACAAAGGAUGCACCCACCUUCAAAUCAGAGCCAGACUUAGAAGUGACACUAAAAGAAGAUCACAAUAGAUUUGACGACAGCAGAAAUAUUCAGUCAUUGAGAAUCCGAGAGGGUCCUCCAAAUACAUCUGGUAACGUAUCUGUGGCAGCAGAUCCAAGAAGAGAAAGGACAAACAGACAAGCAGCAGAAUCUGCAAAGGAAUAUCCACCCUUGAUGACUACCAACGAAAUGAAGGAUCCGGAUAAAGUGGUCACCAUGAAGGAAGUAGGGAUAGUCCAGUUGGAAGGGCCAGCUGUAAAAUUGACAUCAGAGGAAGAGCCAAAUCGUCAAGAUGGCUUUGAAAGGAAUCCACCAUCGAAUAUUUGUAAGCAAAUUCCAGCACAGGAUGUUGGCUAUUUAUCAAUAGCUAAACAUCAAAGGGGAGAAAAAAUGGUGACACCUCGGGAAAAAGAGUUUUCGAAGGAAUGCCCUCAAUCAAAGCCUACCAUUGUAGAGGAAGAGUCUGUUUCAAAGGAGGCCUGGGAUAUGACUACGGUGAAAUCAUUUUUAGAAGAUACUUCUAACGACUAUCCUCUAUCAAAGCCUACAGUUGAGAAAAAUGACUAUGUUCCAAAUGAAGUCUCUGAUAUAAAGCAUGGGAAAUGGUUCCAAGAAAACUGUCCUAAGGAAUAUGUUCAAUUGAAGCUUCCCAUUGAAGAGAGAGAUUCUUUUCCAAGAGAAGCACCACCAGUUAAUCAGGCAAAAUUACACCGUGCAGAUGAGCCUACAUCUGUAAAGAAUCCUAGCAGAAUUACAAGAUGUGUAAGACAAAAUGCAGCAGCAUCUGUAAAAGUGACGUCAGUGGAAGAUCAAAAAUGCCCCGAUGACCAUGAGAAGAAUCAGAGAAUGGCUGCGUUCAAACGACCUCAAACAAAGGACACUGAAUAUUUAUCCAUGGCUAAUUAUGAAAGUAGAGAAAAUUUUGCCGAAGACCAAGAGGAAGAUCCCCCAGAACAACAACCUCAGUGGAAGCCUGUACAGCCUACACUUGAAGAUUCUUCCCCAAGCAAGGCAUCAGCAGCGAAGCCUGUGGAACCCUUCCUCACAGCGGAACCGAUUACAAACAUAUCAGAAGGAAAACAAGAAUGGUGUGAUAGCAGAAAUACGCAAAGACAGGGCAUUGGCAAUUUAUUUUUGGCUGAAGAUCAAAGGUAUGACAGCAGCAUCCAGGAUGAGGAGGAAGACUUUCCUGAAGAAUAUGUUCAAUUGAAGCCUUUGGAUAAAGAGAAAACUCCUUUUCCAUGUGAAGCACCAGCAAAGAAAGAAGUAAAAACCUUCGGCACAGAACUAGAUAAAAAUUUGUCAUCAGAGGAAGAGCAAGGAUGGCUUGAUGACCGUGAAGAGGAACAUCCAAAGGAGCCUCCGCCAAAGGACAUUGUGCAUUUAUCCAUGUCUAAAGAUGAGGGAGGAGUCAAUGUCGUAGGUGUCAUAAGCAGCCAAGAGAAAGACUUUCCCGCUGAAUGUCCUGAAUUCAAGGUUUCCAUAGAGAAGCAAGAUUUUGUGCCAACUGAAGACUCAAUAUUGGAUCAGGAAAAAUCAUUCUUGGCAGGACCCAAAACUGAACAGCUGAGGUGGGAGGAGGAGCAGACAGGAUGGCGUGUCAGUGACAAGAAGCAGAGGAAGCAGGCUAUAUUUGAGAGACUUCAACUGAGACGGAAUACUCGAGUGUCAAUAGAUCCCCCUAAAAGUGUAAGAAGUACAAGAGCUGCUGAAGACAGAGGAGCCACAACAGUACAACCAAGGCCAGAGGAGGACCAGACAGGAUGGCAUGCCAUUGACAGGAAGCAGCAAAAGCCCGUCUUUGUGCGAGUACAACCAAGAUGCAAUGCUCGAACGUCUAUGGGGCCUGAAGAAAGUGGAGGAGAUACAGGAGCUGCUCAAGAGAAAGGAGCCACAACAGUACAGCUAAGGCCACAGGAGGACCAGACUGGAUGGCAUGCCAUUGACAAGAAGCAAAAGCCCAUCACUGAGCGAUUUCAACCAAGGUGGAAUGCUCGAGUGUCUUUGAAUCCUGAAGAGAGUGGAGAAAACAUGGGAGUCGCUGAAGAGAAGGGGUCCACGGCGGUACAACCAAGGCCAGAGGAGGACCAGAUGCGAUGGGGUGGCAGUGAGAAGAUGCAGUGGAAGCCCGUCCUUGAGCGGUUUCAACUGAAGUGGAGUGCCCGAGUGUCUGUGGGUCCUGAAAAAAGCAGAAGACACAGAGGAGCUGGUAAAGACAAAGUAGAACCCACUGUACGAGUUUCAUCAGAACAACAUUCAAGAUGUCACAGCAGUGUGAAGAAGCCACGGUUGCAUAUCCUGGAGCGACUUCAGCGAAAGUGGAGUGUUCGUGUAUGUAUGGAGACAAAUCAAAGAGGAGGCAAGACAAAAGCGGCUCAGAUGACAUACUCUUCUGAUGAAUAUCCUGAAUUGAAGACUGUCAUUGAGAAGCAAGAUUCUGUACCAGUUGAAGACCCAGAAAUGAAUCAUGAGAUGUCAUCCGCGGCAGAAACCGACUUACAAAUGAAAUCAAAGGAAAUGAAACAAACUCAGGCCUAUGAAAAUAUUCAGUCAGUUGAUAUUGAUCAGGUGUCCAUGACUGUGGGUCAAAGAAGCAAAAAUAUUGUAAGUGGAGAAGAGGAAGCAGAGUCAGACUUAAACAAUGCAUCAGGGGAUGAGCUAAACAGGUGUUACAGCAGCGAGAGCAAUCAGUCAUUGGUUGAGGAAAAAAUGCAGAAGCCUGGAAGCAAUGGAACAGACAGAGAUGAAUACCCCUCUGAUGCUACUGUGAGUGCUGCUGGGGUUGCUGGUGCUGCUGCUGGUGCUUCUGUUGGUGCCGCUGCUGGUGGUGGUGCUGCUGCUGCUGCUGAUGGCUCUGCUGUUGUUAUUGGUGGUGGUGCUGCUUCUGGUGCUUCUGGUGGUGCCCCUGCUGGUGUUGUUGUUGGUGCUGGUGGUGUUGCUGCUGCUGCUGGUGGUAGUGGUACUGAUGGUGGUGGUGGUGCUGGUGGUAAUUUUGUUACUGCUGGUGCUAAUGCUGAUGAUGGUGGUGCUCCUGCUGCUGCUCCUGCUGUUGCUCCUGCUGCUGCUCCUGCUGUUGCUCCUGCUGCUGCUCCUGCUGUUGCUCCUGCUGCUGCUCCUGCUGCUGCUCCUGCUGCUGCUCCUACUGCUGCUUCUCCUGCUGCUGCUCCUACUGUUGCUUCUGCUGCUGCUGCAUCUGCUGUUGCUUCUGCAAUGGAAGAACUGGUUCUACAGAGAAGAUCUGGUGAAAUUAAUAACCAGAGAUUUCUUACAAAGGAGAGUGUAAGGCAUGAUCGGCCCCGAAAGAAAACAUCUAAGGAAAAACAUAAGAUAACAAAACAAGUCAGAGCUAUGGUUGAUGUAACUCAGUUAUCUGAAGCAGUCUCAGAGGAUGAUUCUGGAAGGCCAUUUAAAAAACAGGGUUCACUUAACUCAGAUAAUGCAUCAAUAGAUCUUAAAAAAGUUAAUGAACUACCUGGAAAAAGAAAUAAAAAAAUAGACACUGAAAAGAAUGACCCAAAGAAGGAAAUAUCAGAAACAAGGGAGGAGAAAUCAAAGUUAGAGGAUGAAGUGGUACAGGGGGAUGAAGAAUUCUGGAAGCUGAGGUUCACUCUAAGAAAAGAACUCGAGGAGACAAAGAAUAUCCAUUGCAUCUAUGAAAUCAUGAAGAAACAUUUAAAUGAAAAAGAAGAGCAACAGAAGGAGAGAGCUACGGCAGCUCAGCUCGCGAUGCGUCUGAGGACACGAGACUGGGAACUGAGGAUUAUGAGGGACACCCUGAAGGAGUUGCAAGAAGCACAGGAUCAACACAUAGACGCUAUAAAACUUGCCCAGAAGAUGAAAGAUGACUUACAAAGGGUUGAACAUGAAAAUUCUGAGUUAAAAGUUAAAGUUAAAGAGCAAGCUAAGAAAAUCGAAAAGCUUAGCAGAUGUCUGCAAAACUCACGUGAAAGACUGGAACAAAGUUCAAAGCUGACACAGUCAGGAGUUCGAGAAACUUUGGAGGUAUUAUGUAAGAACAACAUGUCCCCAAUGAAUCAGAUAGGAGUCGGAAUCCACAGUCUGCGGUCUGAACCCGCCCAAAGGAAAACUGUGCAAGACCCAAAUACAAGCAGCCUGAAAAGUUAUGAGCAGCAGUGCAUAGACGAAUUAAGGAUUAGCAAUGCAUUGCUAUAUGAACGAUACAAUCUCUACAGGAAUAAGAGGCUAGAGGAAUCCCGCACCAAAGUUCACAUCACGGUGGAGCAGGACACAUCUCCUCUGAGCACAUCAGAAACAAGGUUUGAUCUUGAAAGCCCUUGUGUGGCAUGUUCUUGCCCUCACCAGUAUGUCUUCCCACGCGAGGCUGGGGUUCUCCCAGGAAACCCAAGGUCUUCCAACUACAGCUCGCAAAGAUGCCACAGGACGAUGGAAGAUGAAGAAAAAUCAGUCAAAGAACUUACAGAAUUAAAACAGACUUUAGAAUAUAAGUUGUAUCACCAGAAGAAGAAAAAUGGUGAAAUAGAAAAGGAGAUUAUUGGAAUUAAGAAAUGUUUGAAAAUGACAAAAACUGGGCACAAAAUUGGAGAAUGUAGUUCUCAUGGGCAUUCAAGAACAGUGCAGUUUUGAGACAUUAAGAAUGUGGCUAGACUUUGUCACAUGACUUGAUGGGCAGAUACAACAUGUCUCUCCCAUGGAUGCAGGACUCAAUGUGGCAGUCUUGAUAUGUCCCAGUGAUAUCUCUUAGGACCACAGCAUCUACACUGAACAUCCAGCUAUCUUUUCUCACCAUAGCCUUGGAAAUUUGGCUUCAGCCGAAGCAACAGCCCCUGAUCCAGGUGCCACCUACCAGCAAAGAUGACAAAGCAUUGCCCAUAAUAAUUUUUUUAAUUAAAAAGUAUAUUAUCA